AAAUAAAAAAUAGGAAAAUCGAAACCCCAUGUCGAGAUCACUGAUUCAACGCAUUUCUCCAUAUUUCAUAGCUCGAAUCAGACAGAACCACAGACUUUUAAGGUCCUCCUAUUCUUCAUCUUCUUCAGCUCUUCGUGAGGCUUCUUCUGAAUCUUCUGAAUCUCCAUUUCCAUCUCUCGAUGCUAUUCACAUGACAGAUAAUUGCAUCAAGAGAAUGAAAGAAUUGCAAGCAAGUGAAGAAUCAUCCGUGGAAAAGAUGCUUCGAUUGAGUGUAGAAACAGGAGGAUGUUCUGGGUUUCAAUACGUUUUUGAUCUGGUUGACAAAACCAACCCAGACGAUAGAGUUUUCGAGAAAGAAGGAAUAAAAUUGUUAGUUGAUAAUAUUUCCUAUGAUUUUGUAAAAGGAGCAACCAUUGAUUACGUUGAGGAGUUAAUUCGUUCAGCAUUCCUGGUAACAACAAAUCCAAGUGCAGUUGGAGGGUGCAGUUGUAAAAGUUCAUUCAUGGUGAAACAAUAGGUCUUUCAAAUACAUUGCCCAUACUUCCAGUGAGGCUGAGAGUAUCAGCUGACGGAACGAUUCAGUGAAUCUUUUUUCUACCAGAUUUUUUUGUCAUAUCAACUACGAACAUUAUGCAUAUUUCAUAUGUAACAUCAUAAUGUAGUGAGGGCACUGCCGCUUAUCUAUUAAUUAGGAACUCGUAUGCUGUAUUAAUGAGUAAGAUUACUCUUUAGUCUAUACUCAAAUUGAUGAUCGUCUUCCUGUACUUUUUAUUUGAGACCAACUACUGACAAGUUAGUAUUUAACCCUAAAUCCAAUAAAACGAAACCACAAAAGUGUGCGCCAUUCCUGUGUGUUUC